UUCAGCUUGGACUGGGGAGGAUAACAGAAAACGUUGAAGGCGUGUUGUUGUAGUGAGCCUGCAUGGCCCCGUGGCUGGAGGACGGUCGCCAUCUCUGGGUAAACACUGUAACCGUAUCACGCAGUUGAUAUUGUAGUGUGCGUGGAUUGAAACCGGACCGUACAGCAAGCAGCAGGCGCGGUGCUAUGCUGCCUGCAACAACCACAGCGGACACACACGACUUCAAUGCAGGACUGACCCCCUGUCCGUCUCCUGCACAUCGGACUGUCACCUCAGAUGUAGGGCGCGCGGUGGCCGCUUCUUCUCAGUGACAUUUCGUCUCUUGUCUGUGAGCUGCGGGGAAUGGGACUGCAUGCUUCGAAUAUAAUGGGAUUUUAAUGCUGCACACAGCGGACGCUCUAGCCUGUGCACAGCCAGGGGACAGUAGUACGCUUGGUAAUGUUUGCCAAGGAAUAAAACGGUGUAGCCGAAGGUGCAUAACAUCUCGUUUCCAUGGACAACACGUCCAUAAUAACACAGGUUGCAAAUCCGAAAGAGGAGGAGAGCAUUUCUUCAAGUCAAGAUAAAGUCUCCCAGUCCAACAGCAGCCUAAAGAAGCACCGGAGCCGGAGCAUUUUCAGCCCCUUCUUCUGCUGCUUCCGCAACUACAAUGACUACCACGUGGAGCCACCGCCCGCCAACAACAAGGCACUUUCUCUGCCCCCGCCGACCGAGGAGAAUGGCAGUCCUCCCAAGUGUGACCAGGUCCAGGUCAUCCCCAUCCCCAGUCCUCCAGCCAAAUUUCUCCUGCCAGAGGUCAGUAUAGCAGACUACGGCAAGAACUGUGUGGUGAUCGACCUGGACGAAACCCUCGUACAUAGCUCCUUCAAGCCCAUCAGCAAUGCAGACUUCAUUGUUCCAGUGGAGAUUGAUGGGACUGUUCAUCAGGUGUACGUGCUGAAAAGGCCCCACGUGGACGAGUUCCUCCAAAAGAUGGGAGAGCUCUUUGAAUGCAUCCUCUUCACAGCGAGCUUAGCCAAGUAUGCCGACCCUGUGGCAGACCUGCUGGACCAGUGGGGGGUGUUUCGCGCCCGGCUCUUCAGGGAAUCCUGUGUUUUCCACAGAGGAAACUACGUUAAAGACCUCAGCCGGCUGGGCAGAGAACUCAGUAAAGUCAUCAUCAUAGACAACUCACCUGCCUCUUACAUCUUCCACCCGGAGAACGCAGUCCCGGUGCAGUCCUGGUUUGACGACUUGACGGACACGGAGCUGCUGGACCUGAUUCCUUUGUUCGAGGGCCUCAGUAAGGAGGAGGACGUUUACAGUCUGUUACAGAGCCUGAGGAACAGGUAGCAGACGGCGGCUCCAGCUGGUCCUUCUUGUUCCGGCCCCGCUGCACAGAGGCCUCCCCUCGCUGCCACGGCCCUGCAGCCCGGCUCCCGUCCUCAAGCCGCUGCUGGGAGUCCCAGCGUGGCCCCGAAUCUGAGGAUUUCACUCAGUUGUUCCGGUCAUAAUGAAAUCUGGAGACAACUGUACGGAUUCUUACCAUCUCUGCAUUCUUGGAUUCUUUGUACAGGACUCCUUCUGACAAAAUAUUAUAUUACUGUAUGUACAUACUAUAUGUUUCUAAGAGCAAGACAUACAUAAAGUAAUUUUUCUAUCAGAGAUAGGAGGUUUUACUAUUCUAUCAAGUAAUAUUUUAGUUACCAAAAAUAAUCAAAUAGACAGAACAGAGAGGUUUUGUUUCUUUUUCAACAAUGGGUGACCUUUUUUUUGUGUUGAGCUGUGCUAUGCAGGCUGUUGUUUCUCGUCUGACCUUUCGUUCAAACAACUGUGAUUUACCUUCUCUUACAGAAUGAAGUGCCUUCAUUACUGUGCAGAUUUUGUUGUGUCAGGUUAUGGGGGUGCACAUUUUUAUGCUGCACAUUGACUAAAAUCCCGGAAAUUCUUUAAUUAAAGUUGGAAAUUAGUCUUAUUUGUCAUUUAAUCUGAGAAAACAGAAAAGAAGAAUUUCUAGAAAUGUAUCCACCUAGCCUGUUAGAUGAGGAUGAUUCUUUGCUUUUGAGUUAAGUGACGUUGAAUUGUUAAAUUUACCAAAGAUUUUUACAAUUCAAUGUGGUUUGUGGCUGAAUGAUGUCAUUUGAUCCUAGACAGUGACUGUAAAUUGAUAAUCUCUAAAGACAUUGAAACCCACUUUAUUAUUAAAAAAAAAGAAACCUUUGUGAUGACAUCACCGCCCACCAAUAAAUGUUAAACUUUUGAGGAAACUAUAAUGAUUAGCUUAGAUUACAUGAAAUUCUAUUUAUUGGGGAAAAGUGGGCUGGGUUGUAAAGACUGCUGUUGAAACCGUACUGUACAACAUUAUUAAAGUUGCAAGUUUGCACACUGUCA